ACCACCCAUGACACUCAUACACAAAAGAGUCUCAGAGCAAAGCCGUCAAGCGACAGACAGACAGCAGACAGACAGGCGCUAGGGCACGCCAGAGGACAUCAUCCCAUAGCCCCUUUUGUCGUGGGUGGGCGCACAACUGCCGUCAACAAGGCGACAACAACUCGGAACCUGUUUUCCACGAGUUGUCGCCGGCACGAGGCUGCGGCACAAUCGUCAGCCGGGGAUGGAGGGGGAAGAAACCCGCCCACGUCGGAAACCCCUGCGGCGGCGGCGGCGUUGUCGCCAUCCACGGCGUCUUCCUCCAGGAACGCCAGCGGAGCCAGCGGUCCAAGACGAGCGGUCUCCUCCGUCGCGGCGUGCGCUUCAUCCCCUGGUGGUCCUAGGCCAGCGGCGGGAGCAAUGGCAACCCCAUCGUCGUCUUCGUCGUCGCUCCUGGCCCCCGCUGCGGCGGCCUACACCGGGAUGGCGAACGGCGUAGGCGGAGGUGGCGCCGGCGCCACAAGGGUUGAUGCCGUGGUCGUCGGGGCUGGACAGGCAGGGCUCAGCGUGGCCUACCACUUGCAGAGGGCUGGUGGACUGCGGGUUGUGACCCUGGAUGCCAAUCAGGAGGCCGGGGGAGCUUGGAGACACCGUUGGCCGUCUCUGGAGCUGUUCUCGACACGAAAGUGGAGCUCGCUGCCCGGAUAUCCCAUGUUCGCGAACGGGGCUUGCGAGGACGGCUACCCCUCUACUGGAGAGAUGGCCAUGUACAUGGAGGAGUAUGAGUCUGUCAUGAAGCUUAACGUAGUGCGCCCAGUGAACGUCACGGGAGUCUCGAGGACCCCGAUGGGCACGUUUCUCGUGGAGACGGACUGCUUGCUGGGCGGCACGGUCGCUCGCUGGGAGGCCCGCACGGUGAUCAGCGCGGCCGGUACUCACGCGUCCCCGCUGUGGCCACGCCUCCCCGGGUCUGAGACCUUCCGUGGCACCCAGAUCCACAGCAGCCAGUACCGCUUCGCCGACGACUUCAGGGGGAAGAAGGUGGCCGUUGUUGGCUCCGGGAACAGCGGCGCCCAGAUCUUGGCUGAGGUAUCCGCGCCUGGCGUGGCAUCAUCGACGCUGUGGUCGACGCUGGCGGCGCCGUCGUUCUUGCCGAUGGGGCUCUCGGGCAAGGAGAUUUUCGACACGGUUGCUCGGCUGAGGCAACAGCAAGGCUUCGUGCGAGAGGAAGACAUCCCCUCCCUUCACAGCAUUAUCAUGCAGCCGGGCGUAAUAGAGGCGGCAGAGCGAGGAGUAUACGACCAGCGCGUCCCCAAGCUCGCGCGCCUCACGCCCACGGGGGUCGCGUGGGAGGCGUCCGAAGACGGGAGCAUCCCGGGCGGACACGCACAUGUAGACGCCAUAAUCUGGUGCACCGGUUACCGGUCGAACACGUCGCACCUGUCGCGGCUCGGGCUCGUUCGCCCAAACUCUACGGUGGGCAUGGACGGGAGGGAGAUGGGGGAGACCGAGGUCCCGGGAGUGUUCGCUGUGGGGUACGGCAACUGGGCCGGGGUUGGCUCGGGCUCCAUCCCCGGGUCGACGGUCUACGCCAAGAGGGCGGCCGCGGCCGCCGUCCAUCAUCUCCUCGGCGGCAACUCUUACGACUCCUCGAGAGUAGCGGUCGAAGUCGCCCGCACUGGCGCGUUCUUGCCGUCGCCUUCGUCAUCGCUGUGGAGGGGCGGCUGUGGUGGCCCAUCCAGCGACAGCAACGGCAGCGGUAGCAGGUGUUGGCCCUCGGAGGGUCGCGCUUCGGUCCGCGCGUCCGCGCCGGCCGCCACCCUGUCUGGCGCCCCGCCUCCCGUGUUCGACGGCGGGGUUGACGAGGACAAGCGGGUAUCGGUUGCCGCUUAAGGUUUGCUGUCGUUUUGUCCGUGACCUUUUGGCAAGAGGUGACGGCGAACCCGAACCGUGCUCGAGUCGAAACAGGUAGAUAGUAGAUAGGGUUGGAAAAACGAGCGGGGGGCGAGGGAAGGGAAGGGCAUCCGUUCCACAUGUAGUUAGAGGUAAAUUUUGGAUUCAUGCGGUGCCGUACGUGUACAUUUGACUUCGAGUAUCUCCGGAGGGCUCUCGUGUACACAGUUUGACGGUUCGAGGCCAUGGAUCGGUUGAUUUGCUGAUGCGGGCGCUGUCUAUUUGCCCCCCCGACCGGGGUAUGUGCGUUUGGGUCAUUUAUCCGUCGGAGAGACUGAAGAAAGGGGGCAAUACAGAGCGUACACGCAUAUAUCCCAUCCACUCGGUAUUGGGAAAAUAACAAGUCUGCUUGGGCAGCGAGUUGUCGAGGAGGCAAUUCGUUUGUGCUUUCCUUCUUUCUUCUCUGUUCGGAGUGAAGGAAAUCUGUGUGGUUUGCCCAUGUGUUACGGUGGUGCCGCUGGAAGGGGAUCGCAAGUGGCGCCCGUUUUUCAUGAGGUGUACUUGUAUUUAGCGACGGGUGCCUCUUGAAGAUUUUUGCUAGGACACAUGCCUCUUCGUUGAGUAUCACUUGGGGAAUGAUGGUCAGGAAGUUGUUUCACUGCCGGGUAUGAAUCGUUUCCCCGUCGCUGGAGAUGGUAUGGUUGACGAGACACGCGCACUUUAUAUUUCCCUCCCCUCCGCAAUUUGGUCGAAGGAGAGAGAGAGAGAGAGAGAGAGAGAGAGAGAGAGGCGCCAAAGAUUUUUUUUUUUUUCAUGUGCCCCAGAUUCUGGCUUGAGAUGAACUCUGAAACAUAGACUUAGACAGGGCAAGGGGCGGUACAAGCAAGCGGACAUGGCCCCUGAUACGUGGUUUCCAUUAUAUCAAACGUCCAGACGUUGGCUCUUAAGCGGCGGCGAGAGGUCCAUGGGGGCACAUUCCGAGUAGACCAAAUGUAUUGGCGCAGACACAUCCAGUCGAGGAUCCCUUUGUUUCUUCGGCGGUUGAUUGUCUUGCCCGAUGUAGAAGAGUCACACGUAAUAUUCUUUCAUUUUUAUGUUCUAGUUGCGCAUUCCUGAUACUGCUGGACUUGGUGCGGAGUAGGAGAGAGGUUUUGUCGCGAGGCAGACGGGCAAAUCGUGCAAGUUUUUUUGGUGUUUGGCCGCCGAUGGCGGCGAUGUCGAGGCGCCCUCGCAGAAAUGGGUGAGACCAACCGGAUGUCCACAAAGUAGUCGACCAGAGUAUGGAAUGGACUCCCAGUAUGACGGUGUGGGUGUUCAUAGGAUCUGUUGGUCGGAUCUUGGUUUUGGUAAGGACGUGAAUCUGUAUAGUGUGGGGUGGGGCCUGUACAUGGCAUGCGGUCGACGUGAGUUUCCCACAGGGUCCGAUAUAUGCAGAGAAACAGCUUCCGUUUGGGUUGGAUAGGUUGCGGUCUAGGCGGGUUGGGUGUGGUGGUUUCGUUCGUUUUGGGCGUGGAUGCGAGUCCUUUUGGCACGGAGAGGCUGGCGCGCCUCUUAUGACUCUUGUGAGAUGCAUGGCUAGGUUGAGAGUGGCAACGUUUCACCUCUUCCUUCGCCAUCUGUCGAUGAGUGCAUAUGACACCGGCGCAUAUAACCAGCAUUGUAAAUACCCCCAAGGUGCCCUCUGCCGUUGGAGGCGUUUUGGUAUAUUUUUCCUGGGUAAGGCUAAGGAUAGGUGACAGACGACAAAAAAUCGUCUUUCAUGAGGUGUUAGUGGUGUUGAUCCAUCAUCCACGUGCCCGUUUUUUUUUAUUUUUUGUUGACGGUAGCAGUAGGGUUGUUCGGUUAGCGCAAGAAAGGUGGAACACAUAUCAGCUUCGAUGGAGCGCCAUCGCUGUUAUAUGUGUGCACUCAUUCUUUUUCGUGUGGCUAGAGAUGUUGUAGCGUAGUGCAGCGGUGCAACUCCCCUGGGAAUAUGACAUCGCGUAACAGCAGUGUCAUGGUUGAGGCGGCCUCGUUUGUCACGCCGGAGGGGUGUGAAGCUUGAUAAGAAAUAUGGGAUACCAACGGAACGAAUGCAUUAUUGUACGACCCAACCGUGCUCUGCACUGCACGUCUUGUGGUUGCAAGUUGUUUUGAGUUUACUGAAUAUGUGGACAAGACACCGAACCGUUCGUUAGGUGGUUUGAGCUGCAGAGCAUCACUGUGUUUACAUUGCUUUGCUUUGCCAAGGACAAGUCAAACGCUUCAGAUCCUGUGCAGAGCCCGAGGUAUUGCGGGGGUGUGCACGUCGUCGUGCUAUGAGAUUCAAGCUCUUUCACCCGAGAGAUAGAGUACUUGAGAGUUAUAGCGUUUGAUGCACCAAAAGC